AUGGCCAAGUCAGACGCAGAGCAAAUUGAAUACCAGGAGACAUCCGCCAAGGGCGCCGAGCUUGAACAAGAUGCGCUCUAUCAAGCCUAUGUCUCGAAAAGUCCCGAAUGGCAUCAGAAGAUGACUCGCUCUCUUUUACGCAAGGUGGACAUCCAUCUUUUGCCAUUCUUGAUCUUGAUGUAUCUGCUCAAUUUCCUAGACCGCAACAAUUUGUCACAAGCGCGUCUAGGAUCCCUCGAGAAGGAUCUAGGAAUGAAAGGCACCGACUAUAACUUAGCUACGAGCAUUCUCUUUGUUGGAUAUCUGUUGAUGCAGCUGCCAUCUAAUCUUCUUCUGACUCAAAUUCGACCUUCACUGUUUCUGGGAAUUGCCAUGGCCAUUUGGGGUGUAAUUUCUGCUUGUCAAGCUGCGGUUCAGUCAUUCGCAGGCCUUGUCGUUACAAGAUUCUUCCUUGGCUUUGUCGAAGCCCCAUUUUUCCCAGGUGCUGUCAUGCUAAUGUCGAGUUGGUACACCAGGAAGGAGUUGAGUGUCCGUAUCGCGUGGUUCUAUGCGGGCAGCUCGCUAGCAAACGCUUUUGGUGGGUUGAUUGGAGCUGGCGUCUUGGGUAACCUAGAUGGUGCACAUGGCCUCGCUGGAUGGCGUUGGCUAUUCAUCAUUGAGGGGAGUAUUACUACGGGAGUAUCUCUACUUGCAGCUAUCUUCCUCCCAAACUACCCUGCAACCACCUCAUGGCUAGACGCCCAGGAGCAAGCAUAUGCACAAUGGCGCUUGAUUGACGAUGCAGGGGAAGCCGAUGAUGCGAAAACCAGUAGCAUCAAGGAAGCACUGGCUUUGGUAUUUGCUGACAAGCGUAUCUACCUCUUCAUCUUGCUUCAGCAUGUGUCGCUCCUCUCCCAGAACUUCCAGUACUUUUUCCCAACCAUUGUGCAAACACUUGGGUACAAUGACAUUGAGACUCUGUUGAUCACUGCGCCUGUCUGGAUUGCCACUUUUUUCGUCUCACUUAUCGUCACUUGGUCAUCUGGCAAGACGAAUGACCGCAGCUGGCACAUUAUUUGUUUGAUGAUGGUCAGUGUGGUAGGAGGAGUGAUCUGCACCGCAACAACAAACACCGGCGCAAGGUUCUUCGCCAUGUUCCUGAUGCCAAUGGGUGCUGUGUCCGCGUACCAGAUUAUCCUCGCCUGGGUCGCAAAUUCCUUCCCUAGACCUUUGGUCAAGCGAUCUGCUGCUAUUGCACUGGCCAACAUGAUUGGUAAUACUGCUUCAAUCUAUGGAAGCUACAUGUGGCCUGACUCGUCUGGUCCUCGAUACAUCCCGGGCGGUAGCGCUACUGCUGCGAUCGCAUUACUAGUUGCUCUCGUGGCUCUUGUCAUUCGUCUCGUUCAUGUGAAGAUGAACAAGCAGUUAGAAGAGGCGGAGUCCUCGCAAGAUAUCACUCCUUUGGAUACCAAUGGCCUGGAAAGUCGUGCCACUGGCUUCCGUUAUAUCCUUUGA